AUGGAUUGGCACAAAGAUCUGGGGUUCACAGAUCGAUUACGAGCCAUCCAGUCUCUCACUUUAGCCUAUCAGCAAGCAUCUUCCCAGGAUGCCUUCGCCGAGGCCCAAGCUCAGGCUAGGCAAUUUGAGAUUGAGGCAUACGACCAUGCUACCUCAAAGGAAAAAUAUGAUCAGAUAUGUCAAAAGGCAAUUGAUGCAGCAGAGGCUACCAGUUCUUUAAUCGUGUCUAACAACACCUCAACAAGCCCAGACCAGGAUAUAUUCCCGGACACUGGACCUUCAGAUGGAUCAGCGCCAGGAGAGACAUUUGGCCAGUAUAAAUCAUGCUUUCAUCAUUUUGGAGGACUUCAUUCCACAAUUUACCGGUCUAAAGCAGACAAUGGAUUGAUGCUGGCCAUCAAGAUCACUAUUCCACAUCUCAUGACGGCCCCCCACGAUGCUCAUCGUGAGGUUCGACUCCUCCGUGAGGCAUCCAACCAAUACGUUAUUCCCUUGAUCGACACAUUCAAAUUAGAUGAAGGUCGAUUAGCCUUGGUUUUCCCAUUCCUCCGGUUCGACUUCGACCACUUAUUGCGGAGGGACAUGGUCACCGCCACCCAGACCCGAUCUAUCCUACGAGAUAUGUUCUCUGGCCUUGCGCACAUUCACAAAUUGGGAAUCAUUCAUCGUGACAUCAAGCCGUCUAAUAUUCUUAUGGACUUGCCCAACGGACCCGCAUAUCUGGCCGAUUUUGGGAUUUCCUGGAAGGAAGGAGACCCUGGGUCAGAGCGGUCAGAUUCCAAAAUCACCGAUGUGGGCACGACCUGCUACCGGGCCCCGGAGAUUCUAUUUGGGCAUCGGGGAUAUGACAGGGCUCUGGAUCUCUGGGCGGCAGGUUGCGUGGUUGCGGAAUCCACCGUCGUAGGCCAUCGGUCAUUAUUUGAUUCCGGGCCCCUGGGCAGUGAUCUGUCCCUGAUCCACUCCAUCUUCCAGACGCUAGGGACACCAGAUCAAAAUAGCUGGCCUGGAGUCCAUGUGCUGCCAGAUUGGGGCAAGGUGGAAUUCCACCCCUUUGCGGCGCAGUCUUGGGAUGACAUCUUGCCUGGUGCAUCGUCCAAGGGCCGGGACCUAGUUCAGCAAUUAGUUUGCUACGAGAGCAGUCAACGACUCUCUGCCGACGAGGCCCUCCACCACCCGUAUUUCUCCACACCUUAA